CUUGCAGAGUAGUUGUGUCAUAUGGCGUCGGGAGAUCACGCUGUGUGCCCGUUAUCACCCGUCGUCAAAGUGUACGUUGUGGCCAGGAAGCUUUGCUGUCAGUAUCAGUUUGUAUCAACGGGGUUACCGGUUUUGCGGAAACGUUUGUGAGGCGCUCGAGUAACACACGUGAUUGCACGAGAGGGCGCGCAUCCUUUAACUGAGACCCGAAUUGUAUUAUUUUGAAUCAUCAUUCACGCGUAGUAGCUAAUACAUCACUAUCGCAAGUUAUUUACGCAAAUAUGAAACAGCAGCAACUGCUCCAAUUGUGCAUCGUAACAGUACAGCUUUAAGUUACUGUCAACCAUACUGUUUUUAACCACAUCGACUGUUAACGUUUCGCUGAAAAUUGGUUGACCAAAAUGACGAAGGGGAAACAAGGCGACAAAUCUCUUGAAGACUCAAUGUCGAUUUCUUCGGAUGGUGGUGUUUCCGCAACCGACGAAAAAUACGAGAUUAUCAUCGACGAUGACGACGUUGACGAUGACUGCGAAGGCAAGGGAAAAUCACGUAAACGAAAGAUGAAAUGGAACUCGAUGGGAAAACAGCGGACUGCGGCAAAUGCCCGUGAGCGCGAUCGUACACACAGCGUCAAUAGUGCCUUCACAACUUUACGAGACUUGAUCCCUACAGAGCCGCCGGACAGAAAACUGUCCAAAAUAGAAACAUUGCGUCUGGCGGCGAGUUACAUAUCUCACUUGGAAACCACGCUGCUUGUAGGCGAGGAGGCCAUUGAGCAGCCGUGUCUCCAUCGCAACAUGUAUCGUCAGUCGUACACCAACUCACUGGGGCACCCUUCUUUCCGACCGAUCUGCACGUUCUGUCUGGCAGUAGCCAGGGCAAGCAAUGUGGAAUUAUCCCAGGGGAAGACAAGAUCGCCGUCAUCCAGGGACAGAAAUGACAUCAGUGGGGUCAUAAGAUAAUGUGUUUGGGAGUCAAUGAAGCGACUGAAGUGGAUGCCGUAAAAGACGAAGGGUUAUAGAUUAAUUAAUUGAUUGAUUGAUUGAUUACCAAUGACGGCACCGUCGCGAAAAUAACUAAAAAAAAAAACAAAUUAAAAUCAAAUGUCACGUGGUCAUUUUGUGUGACAUGAUCUUAUUAUCUGUAUAAAGUGGUCUAAAUGUUUGGCGCCUCGGGUUGUCUCCGGUCAGUUCGCGUGCCAGGAUGUGUGGAUGCGAUGAAACACACGUGGCGGGCGAUGGAGCAAGCAUUGUCACGUACCGUAGUUCAGGCAUAUGGAAGCCUUGCAAAUUAUAGUCAGUAACGACCCAUGCAGCCGUAA